AUGCAGACUGCUCCCAUGCAGCAAGCGCGUCAACGGGCAGCACGGCCGCCGCAGCGGCGUGCAGGGUGUGGCGGACGGCACGCUGUGGUGGUGGUGCGCGCCGCUGGCAGCACGUACGGCAAUGCGUUCCGUGUGACCACAUUUGGCGAGUCUCAUGGCAAGGGUGUGGGCUGUGUAGUGGACGGCGUGCCCCCGCGGCUGGCUAUUACGACUGAGGAGAUCCAGCUGGAGCUGGACAGGCGGCGCCCCGGGCAGAGCAUCAUCACCACGCCGCGCAAGGAGGAGGACACCUGCGAGAUCCUGUCAGGAGUCUUUGACGGCGUCACCCUCGGCACGCCCAUUGCAGUGCUUGUGCGCAACAAAGACCAGCGCAGCAAUGACUACUCGGAGAUGAGCGUCGCGUACCGCCCCUCUCACGCUGACGCCACCUACGACUUUAAGUACGGCAUCCGCGCCAUCGCCGGCGGCGGCCGCUCCUCAGCACGCGAGACCAUUGGGCGGGUCGCGGCUGGCGCCAUCGCCAAGAAGCUGCUGCACGUGGUCGGCGGCACCGAGGUGCUGGCAUACGUGAGCCAGGUCCGUGAGGUCGGCUGCAACGUGGACAACAGCUCCUUCACCAUGGCGGAUGUUGAGAGCAACAUCGUACGCUGCCCAGACCAGGACGCGGCGCAGAAGAUGAUUGAUGCAAUCAAUGAGGUGCGCAACCGCGGAGACUCGUGCGGCGGCGUGGUGACGUGCGUCGUGCGACGCUGCCCCAAAGGGCUGGGCUCGCCCGUGUUUGACAAGCUGGAGGCGGAGCUGGCCAAGGCGCUGAUGAGCCUGCCCGCCACCAAGGGAUUUGAGAUUGGCAGCGGCUUUGCCGGCAGCGAGCAGCUGGGCAGUGAGCACAACGAUGAGUUUUACAUCGACGGCAGCGGUGCGGUGCGCACGCGCACCAACCGCAGCGGCGGCGUGCAAGGUGGCAUCAGCAACGGCGAGGACAUUGUGAUUCGCCUCGCCUUCAAGCCCACGUCCACCAUCAGCCGGCCGCAAAACACGGUCACGCGUGACGGCCAGGAGACUGAGCUGCGCGCGCGCGGACGCCACGAUCCCUGCGUCGUGCCGCGUGCAGUUCCGAUGGUCGAGUCCAUGGUGGCGCUGGUGCUGGCUGACCAGCUGCUGCAGCACUACGCGCAGUGUGAGCUGCUGCCAAAGUCCGCUUGA